AAACACGGUGUAUCUUAACUUGGAAGUUAAUUUUGUACUAACCACCGUGUGCCAAACAGGGCCAUUAAACAUCGCAGUCAGAAUCAGUAUCAGCGUUUCGAAGACGCGGAAGUAACCCCUGGAAUAAAGUUAAACAGAAAGCAAGGGACCAUUCAUAUUCGCACCAUGAAGAAGACAAUAUCUCUUGGCUUGGUUCUAGUAUUAGUAUUCGCUUAUUACUGCGACUCAGGGUAUUGCAGAGACGUGCAGUUGAUCAAGAUGAAGAAACACAACACUCUUCUCGGUGGACUCAAGCCUUCUUCUCAGAACAGCGCUGAGAUCGAGAGCAUCGCGCGAUUCGCCGUCCUUGAACACAACAAGAAACAGAAUUCUCUCCUUCAGUUUGCCAGGGUUGUCAAAGCUAAAGAACAAGUUGUAGCUGGUACGAUGUACCAUCUGACGUUGGAAGCAAUUGAUUCUGGUAAGAAACACAUGUACGAAGCAAAAGUUUGGGUUAAGCCAUGGAUGAACUUCAAGCAGUUGGAGGAGUUCAAGUCUGCCAAUGAUGUGCCUGUAUUCACUUCAUCAGACCUUGGUGUUAUACGAGGUUAUGGACAAAGUUAGUGGAAGACUGGAAGGCUUGGAUGAGGGAGGGGGGGAAAUGGAGUGCAUGCGACGACUGAUAUUAUGUAAGAGGGAAAUGAAUUAUGAGAGUGAAUGAAGUACUGCCAUGUAAUUGUAUUUGGAUGGGGCUGCCAAGGAUGAAUUUGGUGUGGCCUUUGAUGAGCGUCGGUUAACAUUUUUGGCAGGAAAGUGAAGUUCUAAAUUCCAGAUAUACAGAUCUUUCAGCUAGUUUUAUACUAUAUCCUGCUGUGAAACACGUGGUAGUAGACCAGAAUCACAAGCAACACCAACAAGUCAUUUAUGUCUGAAAAAGGGACUUUAUCCCAUGGCAGUUGUCAAACACAAUAGUAUUAAACCAUAGAUACUAAACUGAACUCUUUAGAUUACCACUGCGGCAUAGCUACGCUUAUUGUAGCUUUUGCUUAAUAUAUUUGACACAACUUUGUUGAGUAUAGUAUUCAGUUCAUUAUUA